AUGCAGAGCUUCAAAGCAGCUUCAACAAACCCAGAAUUGUAUUCCCACUCUUCCUUCUAUUUCAGAGGAGACGACACUAACCGAAACCAAACGCGUUUUACGGAUCUUGGAGAGCUUGAACAGUCCGCUACUGUCUUCCCUCACGAUGAUGCUGUUGAUUUAAUCCCAAGCUCAAUGUUCAGUUUAAAAGCAAACAAUGUUGCUGUUGUACCUAAUAACUUGCACUAUGGGGCCUUGAACACGAGCACUGGGUGUUUGGACAUAGGCUCAACAAUAACCGGGACAGGAGGAGGCUGUGUAGAGACAGGGCAUCACCAAUACAUGUACCACCAGCAGAAAGGGACGACGUCGUCGGGAAACGGACACUUUGAGAAUUGGGGUGAUUCAGCCAUGGCUGACAACAGCCAGCAGACUGAUGAUACCUCCACAGACGUUGACACCGAUGAUAAAACCCAACUUCAUGGAGUUCCGCAUGGAGCACUAACAGUAGUGGAUUCAAUGGAACAGCCCAGGGAAAGAAGUGGAGAUCAAAAGACACUGCGUAGGCUGGCCCAGAAUCGAGAAGCAGCAAGGAAGAGUCGUCUAAGGAAGAAAGCAUAUGUCCAGCAGCUGGAAAAUAGUCGACUUAGGCUUUCACAACUAGAGCAAGAGCUUCAGCGAGCACGGCAGCAGGGUAUGUUUAUUGCAACUGGACUUUCUGGGGAUAAUGGUCAUUCAAUGGCAGGAAAUGGGGCCUUAGCAUUUGACUUGGAGUAUGCGCGCUGGCUUGACGAACAUCAACGACUGAUACAUGAUAUGCGAUCAGCUGUGAAUUCCCAUACGGGUGAUAACGAAUUGCGGAUCCUUGUUGAUAGCGUAAUGACCCAUUAUGAUGAAAUAUUCAGGUUAAAGAGCAUUGCUGCAAAGGCUGAUGUAUUUCACAUGCUUUCUGGCAUGUGGAAAACACCUGCAGAAAGGUGCUUUAUGUGGUUGGGUGGAUUCCGUUCGUCUGAACUUCUCAAGAUACUUGGGAACCAGCUUGAACCUUUGACAGAUCAACAGUUGAUGGGCAUAUGUAAUCUGCAGCAAUCCUCCCAACAGGCUGAAGAUGCCUUGUCACAAGGGAUGGAAGCUUUGCAACAAUCUCUUGUAGACACACUUUCCUCAGGUACUCAUGGACCUACUGGUUCUGGCAAUGUUGCAGACUACAUGGGCCAAAUGGCAAUUGCUAUGGGCAAGCUUGCCACACUUGAGAACUUCCUUCACCAGGCUGACCUUUUGAGACAGCAAACACUACAACAAAUGCAUCGUAUUCUGACCACUCGUCAAGCAGCUCGUGCCCUCCUCGUCAUCAGUGACUACUUCUCUCGUCUCCGAGCACUCAGUUCAUUAUGGUUGGCACGUCCUAGGGACUAA